UCUCCGCAUCAUACGCAGCUCUGCCAUUGGUUCAUUUCCUUUCAUCUUUCUCCUAUCUGGACGGCACGCACCACUGCUCGCCCAUCUGGGAGAGUUGUUUCUUCUACGUCGUUGGUUUCAUGGUCAAUUAUGUCGUCACAAUACCCAUAAUGUUUCUUUGUUACGUGUUUGUCUUCCGGGUCAUUUGGAAGAAACAGGUGAAGUUAAGUGAAUACCAGGCAGCAGCCAAGAACCUCACAUAUAGCCAACAAUCAUUUGAUGACACAAUUGGUGAAUCUGGAUCUAAAACGGGCCAGUCUGUUUCCUUUGCACUUGUUCCUCCAUCUUCCGGGAUGUCCACUUCUUCAGACGAGAUCAAGGAAAGGAAUGGAGUGGCAAGAAUGUCCAAGUCUCUAUCAAUGCCACAGCUGGAUGUUUUGGGGUCUGAAGAAUGUUCUUCAGUUGAUUUGAAAACAUAUGACAGAUGUACAGGAGAUUGCCAUCUUAGAGGAUACCAUAACUGUGAGAGAUGCAGAUCACUUCUUAUCGAACAAAUUCGUGGCUGCACUGCAAACCAAGAGAAUGGACGUGAAAGACCUGUCCAACGAUCAGCAAGCACAGUCGGACCCUCACGGAGAAAGUCCAAGCGAGGUCAAUCUCGCGGGCGGAGUUGUUCAACUGACAGACAGCUUUCUACAUCCAGGUCAUUUGGCAGAACUGACGUUGAGGUCAGAAAACCGAGAAAGGUUUCAAGAAGUCUUGACCGGUCCGGGUCUUUCUUUUCUCUGUCAAGUCUCCGUCGCAAGUCAUUUGGGCUGAAACGCAAUACAACGGGAAAAGCGACCAAAGAGCAGCGGAAGAUGUACAGAAAACGUAUGAAGAAACUCACAGCAGACAAACAAGUUGCUCUUACAGGGUCAUUUCUGAUUCUAUCCAGCCUCAUCUGUUGGUUACCUUAUGCCAUCACACGGUCUUGUUUCUUCCCUGUCGACACCAAACACUGGGUCGAGGUCACCGCCAUGUGGAUCUCCUUCGUCAAUGCUUUCCUUGAUCCAGUCAUCUACGCUUUCAUGAACAGGCGAGUCAAGGCCAAGAUAAGGGAGGACUUCAGGGCUAUUCGACGGUGCAUCAGGUCCUGCGGUCGCAAUGAUUUAGAGGAAGACGACUCGUAGAUAUUGCUGAUGGCAUCAUCAUCAUCAAAAGCAGCUGAAGCCUACAUGCCAAUCUUCAGACAAUCCAAAGUAUAUUUACCACUGACAUUUAUGACUUGGAAUAAAAAGGUAAAAUCAUUCAAUACUUCAUGACCAUUAAAUGUAGCUAGUAAAACCAAAAAGCCCACAGACCUGGGGCCCUGUUUCAUAGAGUUAAAACAAUUGCAACUUUGCCAUUAUGGCGAUUACCAUGUACACUCUGAUCUUGGUUGGUAGUAAAGCUUAUUCUCUGCAUAGUUGUUUCAAAGGUACAUUAUUUCAAGACCAGCAAUUUAUAACACUCAGUUAAUGAGAGACCAAACACUUUUGGACACCGUUCUCACUACCUUCCUAAAACUAGUUCAGAAGCAAUCUUCACAGAAUGCCUACGCUGUGGUUUCGAAUUUCGCGCGAUAAGUGUCACCCCACUGACAGCGUUCUCAUAGCAAAAAGAUCACUUUACAUGA